AGUCAUGAAGCGACCGGCAGCCCAAUUGCUGUCCCGGCGGACCGUGCGGCAGCGAGCCAUGGCAGAAGUGCAAAGAGCCCAAAUCUUUGUGACUGGCAAGGUCCAGGGAGUCUACUACAGAGACACCACCAAGAUCAUGGGAGAUCGCUUGGGUCUCAGCGGUGCUGCUUGGAACCUGAGCGACGGAAGGGUGGAAGUGCUGGCUGAAGGGCCUCAGGAGAAGUUGAAAGAAUUGGUGGAUUGGUGUUGGAAGGGCCCCGAAGGCGCAGCUGAAGCGGGUCUCGAGAAUAGCUUAACAGCCAAGAGGAAAGUGACGGAUGUGCAGGUCACAUGGGAGGAAGCCAAAGGCGGCUUGCCUUCCCCGUUCAGCAACGCUGGAAGAAAGGAUUUGAGCUGAUCAAAAAUCAUCACAAAGGUUGAUGUUUGGAACAUGCCCUGAGGACAUGUCCUGCGACAGGCCAUGUUGUAGCAACCGGAUUCAUUUUAGGGGGUAGGUUUUGACCCUGUGCCUCCACUGGCGGACACUUAGAUAGCCAACUAUCCCUGCAGCAAUGCCUGCAUCAGACUCGAAGCUUGGCAAAAGACUCUGCUUGCUGGCUUGCAGGGGCUAGUU